AUGCCAGCUUAUGGCAUCACGAACGGCAUGGAACCUAUCAUCCACAGCAUCUUUGAGCUGGCUGCCCCAGACAUCUGCAUAGGCAGACGAGUAGGAAUCGUUCAGGCGAGGUUUGGUGAGAGAUACGGGAUUGCAAAGGACGAAUACGUCAACGUCUUUGACCGGUUGCUUGAUGACGACGAGGUCUUUGGAAUCGGAGACCUCGAGGCCAGAGCUCUCCACCUGCCGGGCCAUGCCCCAGAUCACAUGGGAUACAUGAUCGGAUUCAAGUAUUCCGCAAGGUUUACAAGACCUAAAAAUGUGUUCGUAGGCGACUCCCUCUUCAACCACGACGUCGGCUCCGCACGCUGCGACUUCCCGGGAGGCAGCGCCCGAGACAUGUUCGCAACGACGCGGCGGCUGCUGAACCUGCCAGAAGACACAAAGAUAUGGACCGGACACGACUACCCGCCGGCCGGCCGUGGCCCUCUAGCGGCGACGAACGUUGCCAGGCAAAGGACCGAGAACAAGCACCUCGCCCAGAACGUGACGGAGGCCGAGUUUGUCAAGUGGCGCGAGGAGCGCGAUUCUGGGCUCGGCGAGCCCAGACUCAUGCACUCGGCGCUGCAGGUCAAUAUAAGGGCAGGUGGUAUGCCCAAGCCGAACAAGGAUGGGGAUCGUCUGCUGCAUACACCUAUCAGGAUGCAGGGAGUGACUUGGUGA